AAACCGCGACUCACCUCAUUUAAAAAAGUGUAGACCGUUUUGUUUCAGUAUUUUGUAUUUUGCUGUUUCAUGUUUCAGUUUAUCGUAGAUAGUCUUGCGUGGUAGCAGUUGCGAGAUAACAGUGCAUACCGUGUUUUGCCGAUAUAUUUUUGAAUAACUUUAGUGAAAAAACAUUUAAUAUUUAAUUUAGGUUAUUUUUGUUAAAGAGUUUUUCCGUACAAACCAGGAGGCUUUCCAUAUAAGAUCAUAAACGUAAAUAAAAGCGUCUUGAGUUUACGGGGAUUCGUGGAAUGGCAACUGCAACUAAUCGACGAAGAUGGUCAGAUUUUCUAACAUGUCGUCAAGUGUUAAAUAUAAUGGUCAUCUUGGGCUUCAUGUUCAAUUACAUGUUAAGAGUAAAUUUAACAAUAGCCAUAGUCGAUAUGAUGGUACCAGCUCAGACAAAUGCCACGAACUCUACAACAACAACAAAGGUACCAAUUGUGGACCAACACAAAUUCAAUUGGUCGUCUUCAGAGAAAAACGACAUUCUGGGAAGCUUCUUCUGGGGCUAUAUUCUAACAGAAUUACCCGGAGGCCGAAUGGCUGAAAUCGUAGGUGCCAAAAAAAUUUUCGGAGGAGGAAUGCUUAUGGCAAGUUUGUUGACAGUUUUAACACCGGCAGCGUGUUACUGGAACUUUUACGCGAUAGUGAUUCUAAGAGCACUAGUGGGAUUUGCACUAGGUGCCACGUGGCCCUCCAUGCCUCCAAUGGCUGCAAAAUGGAUACCGCCACUAGAGAGAUCUAAGUUUAUGGCUAAUAUGAUGGCUAGCGCACUAGGAGCCGCAAUCACAUUACCGGUUUGUGGUUACUUGAUCAGUGUAUCUGGUUGGGAGAGUGUUUUUUACGUUACUGGUGCCGUAGGUAUAGUUUGGUCUAUACUUUGGUUCGUGCUAGUAUUCGAUUCUCCCGCCCAACAUCCCAGAAUAAGCCAGGAGGAGAGGAUGGAUAUCGAAGAUAAAAUAGCCGAGUUUGAAGGAGGAGCUAAAAAUAUUAAACCUGAUAAAUUCCCGUACAAAGCUUUGCUUACCUGUGUGCCAGUUUGGGCGAUUGUAGUGACACAUGGGUGCUCAGUAUUUGGCUAUUUUACUGUUGUAAACCAAUUGCCCACGUAUGUGAAUGAUGUGCUACAUUUUAAUAUAAAGAAAAAUGGACUGUUAUCAAGUCUUCCUUAUUUUGGUAAAUAUGUUAUGGCAGUCAUAGCCAGCUACCUCGCAGAUAAAAUAAGAAAAUCAGGAAAGAUGUCAACCACAGUAACACGAAAGGUCUUCACCACUUUCGCUUGCUUGCUUCCUGCUAUACUAAUGGGAAUCCAAGCCAUUUGGGGAAGAACAUCAGCGUUAUCAGUAACAGUAUUUACUCUAGCAUUGUUUUUCAAUGGAGCUGUGACAGCAGGUUACUUAUCUAACGUCCUUGACAUUGCUCCUAACUUUUCAGGUACAAUAUUUGGUAUCGCCAAUACUCUUUCAUCUAUAGCUGGAUGGAUCUCAACGAAAAUAGUUGCAAUCAUCACAAAAACCGAAAGUACAUUCCAAACAUGGAGAUACGUUUUCUGGAUUUUAGCAGGAACGUAUGCGUUUGCUGCGGCGUUUUAUCUGAUAUUCGGUUCAGGUAAAUUACAAAAGUUCAAUUCUGUACAAAGCAACAGUAACGAAGGAAAAGAAUUGCGGCCUCUGAAAUCACAAGUUGAGAAAGAAAAGGAACAAGAGGCAAACUCGAUUGCUUAGUGAAGAAUAAGUGGUCAAGGUAUUAUUUAUACCAUUUAUGGCGUGAACCUGACAAUACUUAUACAGUUUUUUAGUCUCUUUUAUUUGAUAGCAGAUAGUUACGUACAGUCUUUGUAGCUUAAAUCAGUUGCUACAUCAACUUUUUUCAUCAGAUCAAAUUAAUUUAGUAUAAAACGUUAAAAACUGAAAAUAUUGACUAUAUAGUUGUAUGUAGACACUUAUAGGUAACUCUGCUUCAUGUGUAUACUAUCAUGAAGCUAGUAUCAGAACUAGGGGUGGCAGGUCUACCCUAAUCCUUGCUAAGGUGCAUUUGUGUGUCUGUGAUGAAGUAAUAUUCCCAAAACAUUGAUUUGUAUCUGUAUGUUUUUUUAAUAAAGUGCUUUCUCUUACGCGACAAAUACUAUUGUCUUCUUUGUUGUACCACAAUCCUAGAUAAAUCGGCUUCAACAUCAUCCUCUCAUCUUUUUCUGGGACGGCCUACUGAUCUACCGUCUGGUCUCUCAAAAACACUCUAUUUUCUUCUGAUCUUGCCACAUGACAUCUACCUAUCCAACUUAUCCGGUUAGCUUUUAUAUGUUUUCAUUACGAUACAGUCUCCCAUUCAGCCUUGCGACGGCUUAUCCAUUCUUCUGUUAAUUCAUCUCUUUAAUGGGCCAAAUAUCAUUCUGAGAACCUUUCUUUCAAAUACCAGCACCUCAUUUAUUUCCCGCUAAUGUAAAGUCCAUGUUUCGCUUCCAUAUGUAACAACUGGGCAAAUAAUUGACAUACACAGCCUUAAUUUAGAUUGUCUUUUUUAGCAGCUUUAUAACUUUUCCCCUGCGGUACGAUUCAUUUUCAAUCAAAUUAAGUCAAAACAGAAAGUGAAACGUACGCCGAUGUGCGUAGUAUAUAGUAUACAGUAUACAAAAUGUAUGUACACAUCGACGUUCGUUUCAAUUUAUGUUUUGACUUAAUUUGAUUGAAAAUGAAUUGUACCGCCUGGGAAAAGUUAUAGCGGACGGACUAUAUACCUAUACAUAUUCAAAAUCUGCUAUCAAAUAAAAUAAAAGAUAAUAUGUGACGAUAAAGGAAUAUUAUCGAGAGUUGAUGACAGGAUUUCUUUAUUUUCAUGUAUAAUAAAUUAUAUAUCUAUAAAUCCGGUAAUAUUUUAAACCAAGUUUAUUACAUCAACACUUGCGUGAAUUUUUAAAAUUGUGAUAUCGACAUACAUACUUACAUAUUUCCAAAAUGUAAAAUGUUGGUUAACGUUUUUGUAUAGCAAACAAAAUAAAAUAAAGAACAAAAGUAACAUCUUCAACAAUUAUUAUUAGAAUUAGAUUUUUUAUGUGUGCAUGCUUUUAGUUAGAAACUGAGACAAAUGUAUUUAAAAUAAUAUAGCUACUUAUCUUACAUCACUUUAAAAAUGGCCAUCAAUGUAUAGCAUUCGCAGAUGAUCUAACACUAUUAACGACAAGCAAGAAAGAGCUAAAAAAAUUAAUGAGCAACAUAAUAAAAGAAGCAAAAAGGUUUGGUCUCCUCAUAAAUAAGGAAAAGACAAAAUAUAUGAUAAUGGGAGAAACAGAUAAGGAAAAAGAACACAAUUUCACAUUGGAGAUAUGAGAAAAUUCAUGCGCGUUUAAGAGUUUCAGAAUUUACUUACCUCGGUGUAAAAGUAGAUGAAAAGGGACAUGGGGAAGGGGAGAUAAAAGCAAGAAUGGCAAAAGGAAGCAAAAAGUAUGGGCAUUGCGAUUAAAUAUGUCUCAAAGAAAACAAAAAUAAGAAUCUACAAAACAGUUAUCAGACCUACAGCUACAUAUGCAUGCCAAACAUGGGUGCUUAAAAAAUCAGAAAUAGACCUUUUAGAAAGAUGGGAGAGGAAAAUACAAAGAGCAAUAUAUGGAGGCGUGAAAAUAGAUGGUCAAUGGAGAAGAAGAAAUAAUAAGGAACUUGAAGAACUAUAUAACGAACCAAAAAUAACGACGGCAAUCAAAGCACAGAUAAAGCAAGAUAAUUCGAUAUUUAGGACACAUUGAAAGAAUGGGAAGGGAAAGAAUGCCAAAAAUGGUACUAUCACGUACACCAAUCCAAAAAAGAAGAAUAGGUAGACCAAGAAGGAGAUGGAAAGACAGCCUAUAUGAAGACUUACAAAAAAGUAAUAUUGUGAACUGGAAAGAAAAAGCUUUGGACAGAAAACAAUGGAAGGAAGUGGUCAAGAAAUGUAUGGAAAGACUAUAAGGAAUAUUGUGUUUUAUAUGACUGAAUGUAAUAUUGUAUAAUAUAGUAGUAUAGUGUAUACUGUUAUAAAUAUUAUAUGUAAUAGUAAUUAUUGUAAGAAAAAAUUAAAUCUUUCAGCCAUAGGUAUUCAAGGCCUAUUGAGCUUAAUAAAUAAUAAUACUUAUAUUAGAAGACCGGGGUCACCAAACCAAUUCGUUUGGUACGUAAAUACCUGUUUCUGUAAGCGCCGCAGCGUUGCCAGGUCAUCAAAUUCAGAAAAUCAUGUGCUGUUGUUCAACUUGGAUUUUUUGGAUCCAUUGCACGAAACGUCAAAGCAAAUGUAAAAAAUUCUCAUUACAAUAAAUUCUAGUUUAAUUCCAUACAAAAUAAUAUCUAAGUUAAACAUGCCACAAGAAAGAAACAUCGUAAUACUUAUCAAUCUUAUUUUUUGGUUGUAUAUUUUCAUACAUUCCUUGGUUUAUUAUAUACAUUACAGAAAUAUAAUGUUAUGUAAUAAAAUGUAUGUUUUAUUUUGUUUGCUAAGCAAUUUCCAGAAAAUUUAUUUAUUUUUACUGAAACUAUGCAAAGAGUUUUAAAAAGUAUUAGGAUAUGAACUAAACUAUGUCCAAAACGUGAACGAAUGAAAGUUGAUUCCAAGAGUUAUAUUUUUAACUUUCUACGAUAUAUUUGUAAUAAAAAUACGAAGCAAAA